UUGGGGGAAAGGAGGAAGACGCGAUAGCGCCAGUGUAGCAGAGGCACCUUCACUGGAGCCAUGGGGGGAGGAGAUCUGAACUUGAAGAAAAGCUGGCACCCGCAGACCCUCCGUAAUGUGGAGAAAGUGUGGAAAGCAGAACAGAAACAUGAAGCCGAGAGAAAGAAGAUCGAGGAACUCCAAAAGGAGUUGCGAGAGGAGAGAGCGAGGGAAGAGAUGCAGAGAUAUGCCGAGGACACGGGCGCGGUUAAGAAAAAAGAUGAGAAACUGGACUGGAUGUACCAAGGCCCAGGAGGCAUGGUGAACCGUGAGGAAUAUCUCCUAGGGAGACCCGUUGACAAAUACAUAAUGGAUAAAAUGCAGGAACCAGAGAGUGGACCCUCUUCUGAGACUGGAUUGCUCCCUGGCUCCAUAUUUUCUGCAGCCGGAGCCAGUUCCACCCUGGACCUGGCAAACAAGAUUCGGGAGGAUCCGCUCUUCAUGAUCAGGAAGAGAGAAGACGAGAAAAAGAGAGAAGUCCUGAAAAAUCCUGUAAAGAUGAAGAAGAUUCGAGAAAUGCUCCAGAGCAGCCUGGAGAAAAAGAGCAAAAAGAAGAAGAAGGAGAAAAAGAAGCGAAGAAAGGAGAGAAGAGACAGUUCCAGCAGUGAGGAGGACAGUAGUGAUGAAGAGAGAGAGAGUAGCAGAAAUAGGUCUCACAAGCAUCACAAGCAUUCUCCUUCUCCUCCAGCUCGGCACGGGAUGUCAGGAUACGGCCUGCAGGUAAAAGAUUAUGGCCAAGGCAGCAGAGGAGACCACACAAAUAAGCACAGAGCCAGGGCACAUUCUCGGAGCCCCCACCGUGACAGCAAGGGGUCUAGGAGCAGCGGCUCCCAUGGAGGACGAAAGAGGAGUCCAUCCCCACAGAAACCAGAGGCGUACAGGAGACAGCGGCCUUCGGGUUAUACCAAGAAACUCUCUGCCGAGGAGCUGGAACGUCGGAGGCAGGAGAUGAUGGAGGAUGCCCAACAGAGAGAGAAAGAAAGAGAGUGGAAUGUCAGAAGGUACAAGCAAGAGGAAGAGAAAGAGGAGGAGAAGGGGAAACAGAAGAAAGAGAGCAAGUUUAUACAUCAAAUAAAGCUAGAAAGUGCAGCAUCUUCAUCAGUGGAGGACAGAGUCAAACGCAACAUUCACGGGAUCCAGCGUACGACAGCAGCCCUAGAAAAGAACUUUAUGAAAAGAUGAUCUCUCAGGGAUCCAUUCAGAGACCAUUCAUCUUGUGCCUCAGUCAAAAGCGGGUCAUACACUUGUCUGCCAUGGUUCCAGGGAACACUCGGCCAUCUUGUUUUGUCUCACAAUACCUCUCUAUGGAAAAUAGGAGGAAAUCCCUUUUCCUCCUACUGAAGACAUGGGAACAGAUUCAUUUCCUACCCCACCCCUCCUUUUUUUCAUAUGGAUGUUUCCCCCUUUUUAGCUAGAGACAAGUGUUCCCUCAAGGCCAUCCGUCUCUGCUUUAACAAGGUAUUGCUAUACUUAAAUUUUUAACUGGGAUUUUACAGGAUACAUUAAAUGUAUUUGUUGUUGCAGAGAAGCACUGUGGGAUUGGGGUGCACAUCACAUACAAUGCCAGGCUUUCUGGGUCACUGAGCUGGUCCUAGCUUCCAUUGGGCAUGCUCCUGGCCAGUCGUCCUAUUGGCUGCAGGACAUUUCCAAAUACUGCUCUUGAAAGCAGAUGUAAGGUUUUGGCUUUUUGAAACCAUGGUCCGACCUGUUGGGCAAACUCCUUUCUGGCACACCUUCACCAAAGGGUGCUGAUCUCACCCUGUUUGUAUAUACUUUCCCUUUGAUCAGAGUGUUUCAUUUUUUUAUUAAAAUGUUCUGUUUUAUACUUGAAGUAUUUGUCU